CCUGUCUCCUCUCCUGUCUCCUCUCCUGACUCCUCUCCUGUCUCCUCGGCUGUGGGCGUGUCAGUCCGGGCUCUGUCUCUCCUCUCCUCCCUCCUCUCCUGUCUCCUCGGCUGUGUCCUCUCGGCCGUGGGCGUGUCAGUCCGGGCUCUGUCUCUCUUCGUUGGGACUCGCGCUGAUGAUUGCUGCGCCUCCUCACGCGGACCCCGUUCAGCACGAUGGAAGUGAUCGAGACCGACCGCAUCAACAUCAUCGCGGAGAAGAGGAAAUGGCAGAUGGAGGUAGAGAAUAAGAGACGGCAGCUGGAAGAUGACAAGAGAGCUCUGCAGCACCUCAAGUCCAAAGCUCUGAGGGAGCGGUGGCUGCUGGACGGAGCGCCCUCCUCUGGACCGGAACAUGAUGAGGUGAAGAGACAGCUCCAGCAAGACGAGAACAAGACCAGAGACCUGGAGGACAACAUCAACAGGUUGGAGCGAGAGUUGGUUGUGUUGGAGUCAGAAGGAGGACCCACCAUUACACCGGCCCCUGUGGUGAAGACGGAGCUAAUCCAAGUGGUAGAUGUGGCCCCAGUCAAACCUGAGCCCCUCGUCUCCACUGUCCCAGUGGUCCAUGAGAUGAACGGGGAGGAUGGCGGCCAUAUUUUGAGUUCUUCUGAAGUGGAAGAACUUAUCCAUAAAGCUGACGAGGCUCAUGUGAAGUCUAAAACCAUCACUACUAUCACUGCUAUCACUGCUACUACUACUGAUACUACUACUGCUGGUAUUACUCCAACUGCAACUUCUACUAUUACUGCUAUCACUACUACUGCAGAAAAGCUCCAGGAAGUACCAGGAGAGACCAAACCAACCGAUGUCAGUACAGUUUCCAGUGUGGAGAUUACCGGACUGGAGGCCAAGCCAGAGAAGGAACCGAGUAUCUCCGAGGCGACAGAGGACAACCCUGUCACCAUGGUGUUCAUGGGCUACCAAAACGUGGAGGACGAGAACGAAACCAAGAGAGUCCUGGGGCUCAAAGGGACAGUCAAAGCCGAGCUAGUGCUGAUCGACGACGCCGAAGGGAAGACGUCACCGGUGGAGCAGAGAGCUGUGCAAAAGUCUGCCAAAAAAGCCGCUACUCCCACCGCGGAAGAAAUCCCGAAAGAGAAAGAAAUUCCAAAAGCGAAAGAAACAUCUCCAGAAAAGAACGGAGAGACAGCGGCAAGCACGGAGGAGGUGAGGGCCGGAGACGCAGAGGGGCAGACCGAGAAGAAGAAGCAGCCGUGUAAGUGCUGCACCAUCAUGUGAACAGCAGGGGGCGCUCCAGUGAAAGGAAAAGUCCUAUUUAAUAUUCGUAACAUGGACAGAGACUUAACGAACACAUGAACUAAACUCCACCCACUGCCCUCAGCAUUUAACGUGGCUCCAGCAGGCAGUCAGAGAGUUAAGGUUACAGUGCUCUACCUGAUCUCUAAAAACACGAACAACACAACUAGUUCAUUUGAAAUGUUUUGCAGUGGUCCAAAUUAUUCCUACUAUUAGUUACUGUCACUGUACUAGCAUGCUAAAGCGCACUUCCUGAUGAUCAGACAGUAGAAUGCCUUAUAAUUAGAUGCAGACAGUACACAGCAUACUUAUUUUGACCUCAAUACAACGUAUCUGUCCAGGUGCAAGUCACAAGCAUCUUGUUUUUAAUUCAUUUAAAUCAGCAACUUCAUUUUGUGGUUUGCUGUGAUCCAAAAUUAUUCCUUAUUUCCUAUCAGAGACCAGAGCAGAGUUUUCCGAUGACAGUUUUAAUCUGGUACAGGGCCUUUAGACUAAAGGAAAUAUGUUGGUAAUAUAUGACAUAGACUUCAGCUUUUACCUUCAAAAUAACCAUAGUACUAUUCUAAGAGCACCGUAUUUUUCAGAAUAUAAGUCACACUUUUUGGGGGAAAUUUAUUUUAUAGAAUCAGAGAGCAGGAACCAAUAUUUCCUGUUGAAAGUCAAGUUGUAAUAAUAACAAUAGAAGAGAGAACAACAGACUGUUAACGUCACAUAUGAACAGUUCUUCAGAUAAACUAUAAACAGCAGAACAGAACAAGUUUACCAAACUCUCCAUCUCACUCCAAAUCACUAAAUCCAUUCAAUUCUUCAUCCUCGGUGUCACUUCUGAACAACUCCACGACCUCCGGAGGUAAACAGAGCGCCGCUUCCUCUUCUGUGUAAUUGUCGUCAGACUCAGCAUCAGUUCCAGUUAGAAUUAUUCUGGCUUUUCAGAAUCACGACAGGAAGGUUUCAGUGUCAAUGAAGUCCAGACUUUGUCCAUCUAUCCAGUGACUUUGAGGAAAGUUGCAUGGUGCACUAGUUGCUGUGAAGCUGUGUUCUCCAUCUCCGCUUUCCACCAGGCCCUCCCAAGUUUCUCACUCACUCCAAACUUUCUUUUUCGUUUCGUUUCAAUUAUCGUUUUCAGCUGAAUAUUUCACGAUUUGCAGCAGGACAGAGGCUCUUUCUGUAGCAGCAGAUCCUGACACACAAGACUAGAUCCUCUCGUGGCUGUCAGUGUGAACAUUUGAAUACGUAAGUCACUUAUACGUCAGGUAUAAGUCACUGGAAACACCCAAACCAUGAGAGAAGUGUGACUUAUAGUCUGAAAAAUACGGUACAUGAAAAGCAUUACUAUAGACUGACCAGAAUCAAUAACUGGGACACACCUGGUUUGUGGUGGUCGGUAAUAAUCACAUUAUGAGUCGAGUGCAUAAUUAUGGAAAACUCUUCUGCACUCAGCCCAUUCAUGACGAACAUGAGUCAGUAUAGUCACAUUUUCUUUGUGUUCUGGUGUUUUUAAGCAGCUUUUCUGUAUUUUACCUUAACAAAUGACAGUUUAUGCCUCUUUUUACUGUUGGUAGGGUCAAAUUGGUCAAAAAAAUAGGGACACCUGGGACAUUUCUUGUAUAAAACUGGGACAAAUCACUGGUUUUGGAUAAAUCUGGUGGGACAGGGGACACGUCUGGUCACCGUAGCAUAGGCUAACCUGUCGCCUGUACAUAAUCAGCCUGUUGUCUUCCAUGCGAGCUAACCUGUGCUAGCUCACUGCCUGUUGGACAUGUAGCUUUGACCUCAUCCAUCUCUUUUCUACGCCUUUCUUAACUUUUCUAUUUUGUUUAUAUGAAUGCACUGAGUUAGCAUUAGCUUCCCUGUCAUACUAAGCUAAAUUGUAUGUGAUUUGUAAGCUAAGCCCUGUCAGUAUUAUAUUUAGACCUCACUGGGUCUUUUAAAACCAUGAAUAAACAUGUCAGAACAUUUAGGCCUAGACCAUCAUAUCAUCACCACAUACAGAACUUUUUCACAACAGCUGGAAGUGCUGCAAUGUGGGUAAACGCACGGGUAAAAGUCACUUGCAUUAACGCUUUUCUAUGGCAAAAUAUCUGUGGAAAUGUCUUUACCAGCAGCUUCAUAUAUCUGCUCCAUCAACAAAUCUUCAUCCAACAAGCUCCACAAAGGAUAAACAUUCUGACAUGAAGAAUUUAUCCACAACUAUCAGGAGAAGAAAGACAAAAACGUAAAGGUGAACAACGACGAGGCAUUAGUGACACACUCAACAAAACUAUCACCUUGGUCAUGAAUAAAACAGAAGUUAUAAGUAAUUCAUUAAUAAGUAACUGGUUAACUCAAACUGAUUCUAGAAUUAAAAUAAAAAAUUUAUUUCAUGAUGAGGAAGAGAGAUUCAUGCAGUUUAAAUGCUACAGAUGAUACAGACAUUUUAUAUUUCCAGCAUUUAAACUGCACAAAUCUCUGUCUGUGCCAAUAUAUCAUCAUGAAACCGAUUUUUAAUUUUAAUCCUAGAAUCAGCCUGAGUUUUAUUCAUGACCAUGACGUUAGUUUUGUUGAGUAGUUCACUAAUGCAUCGUCGUUUGCCUUUGAUGAUGGGGCAGAUUUAUGAAGCUGGUGGAAAAUACACGAGACGUUUCUACAGAUAUUUAGCCAUAGAAAAACUUUAAAGGGAUAGUUCAGGAUUUUUGACAUGAAUCUGUAUGGCAUCCCCGUGAGCAGUGUCGUGCAUCCACACUGAC